AUGUCCAAUCUCGAAACAAUAUCUGCAAGUUGGGUGAUUUGUGAUAGCUGGGCUGGGGUUGCCGGUACUAUUGCUUUGGCAAUCUCUCAAGGUGGCCCUGUCACUCUGAUUUACGGUCCUAUUGCUACAAUGGUUCUGGUGGGAGCUUGUGCAUUGACUCUCGCAGAGCUGGCCAGUGUAUAUCCCACUGCUGGUGGCCAAUAUCACUGGACUUCCAUUUUGGCUCCGAAAUCUAUCAACAAGUCAUUGAGCUAUUGCUGUGGAAUCACCAAUAUGUUUUCCUGGAUUGCCAUCUGCACCGGAAUUGCAAUCAUCCCAGCUCAACUGAUCACCGGUAUUGCUAUAUUCUACUACCCAACAUACGUCCCUCAGGCAUGGCACUCCUUCCUCAUCUACCAAGCAAUCAACGGCCUCGUGCUUCUAUAUAACAUCACCCUCUUAAAAAGGUCCCUUUGGAUACAUGAUCUCUCAUUUGUCAUCACCAUUGUCAGUUUCGUCGUCAUCGUCAUCACCUGUGUGGUCCGCUCCUCGUCCAACUACGAGUCCUCAAAGACCGUUUGGGCAACUUUCCUCAAUGACAGUGGGUGGAGCUCUGGUGGCGUCGCUUUCCUCACUGGGCUGGUGACCCCGAACUAUAUGUACGCCGGCAUUGACGGUGCGCUACACCUUGCAGAGGAGUGUAAGAACGCCAGCACAGUGGUUCCCCGUGCACUUAUGAGCACACUGAGUAUUGGUUUCGUGACUUCAUUUUUGUUCAUGAUCGCGAUGCUAUACUGCACUCAUGAUUUGGAUGCUGUUGUCCAGACAAAGACCGGUGUUCCGAUCUACGAGAUGUGGCACCAAGCUACUCGCUCAAGCACGGCGGCUACAAUAUUCGUUAUUCUGGUCAUUUUUGCCGCGACAUUUGCACUCAUCGGCGCGCAACAGACCGCAUCUCGGUUGACAUGGUCUCUGGCGAGAGAUCGCGCCCUGAUCGGCAGCAGAUGGCUCAGCAAGACACACCCCAAGUUAGAUGUGCCGGUCUGGAGUCUCAUGUUCAACUAUUCGGCAACAUUCAUCAUUGGCUGUAUUUAUCUCGGUUCAUCAUCUGCAUUCAAUGCUUUCAUCGGAACAGGUCUGAUCUUGCAGCACAUUUCCUACGCCUUCCCUGCCGCACUUCUCAUGUACCGAAAACGGUCGAACCUAUGGCUCCCGAAAUCCCGAUCCUUUCGCCUCCCUGGCCUUUUGGGCUGGAUCACGAAUAUCGUCACUGUCUGCUUUGCAGUUAUAGUUUUGAUAUUUUAUAAUUUCCCAACCACCUUGCCAGUGACUGGGACUAGUAUGAAUUACACAUCAGCUGUCUUAGCCGUGAUGGCUAUAUUUGCGGGUCUGAAUUGGAUUGUCUACGCUGGGAAGGAAUAUCAUGGCCCUCGACUGCACUCAGGAGAUCAACAUUAG